UGCUCUAAUCAGAACUGCGGAGAACUACCGCAUUAACUGGACAUUUGCUAACUGUUGUGGCCUGCGUGGUGAGCAUUCAAGGGCUGAAGAAAAUGCCACUGGCUAGAUCACUGUCCAUGACUUCUCUUAAUGGGCUUCCUCAGUGGGAGGAUGAAGACCUACCAGUGGAGGAUUUGUUGCUCUUUGAAGUUUCUUGGGAAGUUACCAACAAAGUGGGAGGCAUUUACACUGUGAUCCAGACAAAAGCCAAAAUUACGGCAGAUGAAUGGGGUGAAAACUAUUUUCUGGUUGGUCCCUAUUUUGAGCACAAUGUGAAGACUCAGGUGGAAUCAUGUGAGCCUCCAAACCCUGCAGUUAAGAAGGCAAUGGACACCAUGAAAAGCCAAGGGUGUCAGGUCUUUUUUGGAAGAUGGUUGAUAGAGGGCAGCCCAUAUGUCUUACUGUUCGAUAUAGGAUCAGCAGCUUGGAAUCUGGACAGGUGGAAAGGUGAAUUUUGGGAUGUCAGCAACAUAGGGAUCCCUUUUCAUGACCGAGAAGCCAAUGAUGCUGUGAUUUUUGGAUCGUUAACAGCCUGGUUUUUAAGAGAGCUUUCCUGUCAGUUUGACGACAACCCCAACAUAAUUGCCCACUUCCAUGAGUGGCAGGCAGGAGUGGGUUUAAUACUGUCUCGAUCUCAGAAACUUCCUGUUGCCACAAUUUUUACUACCCAUGCAACUCUGCUUGGGAGAUACCUCUGUGCAGCCAGUAUAGAUUUUUACAACAAUCUUGACCAGUUUGACAUUGACAAGGAAGCAGGAGAGAGACAGAUUUACCAUCGAUACUGUAUGGAGCGGGCAUCUGUACAUUGUGCCCAUGUGUUCACCACAGUCUCACAGAUAACAGCUAUAGAAGCAGAACAUAUGCUUAAAAGAAAUCCUGAUGUUGUCACUCCAAAUGGCUUGAACAUUAAGAAAUUUUCAGCAAUGCAUGAGUUUCAGAAUUUGCAUUCCAUGUACAAGGCUAGGAUCCAAGAGUUCAUUCGAGGUCAUUUCUAUGGCCACCUUGACUUCAGUCUUGAGAAGACCUUAUUUUUCUUCAUUGCUGGGAGAUACGAGUUUUCCAACAAAGGAGCUGAUAUGUUUCUAGAAGCCUUAUCAAGAUUAAACUUUUUGCUGAGGGUUCAUAAGACAGAUGUUACAGUUGUUGUAUUCUUCAUCAUGCCAGCAAAGACAAACAAUUUCAAUGUGGAAACCCUGAAAGGACAAGCCGUCCGGAAGCAGCUCUGGGACACUGCACAAUCUGUGAAAGAAAAGUUUGGAAGGAAACUCUACAAUGCCCUGCUAAAAGGAGAAAUUCCAGACUUGAACAAGAUUCUUGACCGAGAUGAUAUAACCAUUAUGAAAAGAGCCAUCUUUUCAACUCAGCGACACUCUCUGCCUCCAGUGACCACCCACAACAUGAUUGAUGAUAGCAAUGAUCCAAUCCUCAAUACCAUCCGACGCAUUGGCCUUUUCAAUAACCGGACAGACAGAGUAAAGGUGAUCCUACAUCCAGAGUUUCUUUCUUCGACAAGCCCAUUGCUGCCCUUGGACUAUGAGGAGUUUGUCAGAGGCUGCCACCUUGGUGUAUUUCCAUCAUACUAUGAACCCUGGGGUUACACUCCAGCUGAAUGCACUGUGAUGGGCAUUCCCAGUGUAACCACAAACCUUUCUGGAUUUGGCUGUUUCAUGCAAGAACAUGUUGCUGACCCAGCAGCUUAUGGCAUCUACAUAGUUGACAGAAGGUUCCGCUCACCUGAUGAAUCAUGCAACCAGCUGACUCAGUUCCUGUACGGAUUUUGUCAGCAGUCCCGUCGCCAGAGGAUCAUCCAAAGAAACCGAACUGAGAGGCUCUCAGAUCUGUUGGACUGGAGAUACCUAGGCAGGUAUUACAUGCAUGCCAGACACUUGGCCCUCAGCAGAACAUUCCCAGAUAAAUUUGAGAUGGACCCAAGUGCUCCACCAAAGACGGAAGGUUUCAGGUACCCCAGGCCUUCAUCAGUGCCACCAUCACCUUCUGUCUCUCAGCAUUCCAGCCCUCACCAUAGCGAGGAUGAAGAGGAAGAUGAGGAUGAAAGAUAUGAUGAGGAUGAGGAAGCUGAAAGGGAUAGGCAAAACAUCAAGUCUCCCUUUUCUCUUGGAGUAUUGCCACAAGGAAAAAAGAAGCAGCAUGGAGAAUACAGGAACUGA